UAUUGACAGACUAGACAACCUGACUAAUGUAGUAGUUGCGGCAAAUCUCAAAAGUCGAGGAGUGUUAGGGAGGAAUUUCCAAGUUGCCACAUCCGACAGUGCUUGCUGACUAAUCUUGCAUGAUGCCAAAGCGUACAAGACAAGAUCCUACGGAGGGGAAUUCAGUAAUACAGAAAGUGCAGAACAUUUUAAGAAGUCGAGUUUGCAGGAAUGAAAUCCCACCAACAGACAUCAUUGAGGAAAGUCUCAAGGUUCAAAGACAGCAUCUUCUGGACUUGAUUUAUAGAUGCGCCGUUCAGGGUGAAAGCAAUUCGGCACUCGUCACUGGACCUCACGGUGGUGGUAAAACAAUGCUUGUAUCCAGCGUUCUUGAAGAGAUUGAAUCAGAUCGUAAUGUCAGAAACAAUCUCCUCAUCGUCCGUCUCAACGGCCUUCUUCAGACUGACGACAAGAUUGCCAUUCAGGAAAUUACCAGGCAGCUUCGACUCGACAACGUUGUCGGAGACAAAGUCUUUGGCUCAUUUGCUGAAAAUCUUGCAUUCCUUUUGGAGGCUCUAAAAACAGGUAAUCGAGAAGAGGCACAGUCUGUGCUGUUCGUCCUUGAAGAAUUUGACCUGUUUGCUCACCAUAAGAAUCAAACGUUGCUGUAUAAUCUAUUUGACAUCUGCCAGUCGGCACAGACUCCCAUAGCUGUCAUUGGUAUCACUCGUAGACUGGAUGUGGUGGAGCUCUUGGAGAAACGAGUCAAGUCCCGCUUUUCUCAUCGUCGCAUCCAUGUCUUCAAUACACUCAACUUCCCAGAGUACAAGGAAGCGUUUCAGAGAAUGCUUACCCUUCCGAGUGAUCUCAAAGAUCCCAAGUUUGUCAAACGUUGGAACAAGGAUGUAGAGGUACUAUGUGGCAAUGCCACAGUCCAUGAUGUACUGAAGAAAACCUACCAACUGGACAAAAGCAUCUGUGGCCUGCAGUCUCUAUUGCUGAUUCCUGUUUGCAAGGUGACUGAGGAUCACCCUGAGAUCGAAGCAGUUGACUUUGUGGAAUCCAGUAAACAUAUUGCCACUGACUCAAAGGCAGCAAUGUUACACGGUAUCUCUGUCUUACAGUUGUGUUUGGUGAUUGCAAUGAAGCAUCUCACAGACAUGUACGAUGGAGACGCAUUCAACUUUGAAAUGCUCCACAAUGAAUACCUCAAGUUUAUGCAGCGGAAAGCUCAUGUUGUCCAAAGCUUUGAGAAACCGGUUGUUUUGAAGGCAUUUGAGCAGCUGGUAGCCUUGGAGAUAGUGAAGCCAGUGGAUGGCCAUGGAUCACGCACACAGAAGGAGUAUAGAGCUAUGUCAUUACUGGUUACAUCGGCACAGUUAACAGAAGUGAUGAAUACAUACCCAGGCUGCCCAAGCGAGCUGAAACAUUGGGCGUCCAAUCCUCUACCUACAUGAUGCCACUGCCAGCAGGUCUGACACUUUUCACGGAGGCAAUGAAAGCGAUUUCCUCCAUGCCUUUCCUGGUCAUUGCCUUGGUGCCCUUGAAAUGCUUCAGUAGUAAUUUACUAUAUCAUCAUAGGUGGCCCUUUACCAAGGAGAAAAUGCUUUGGUGCCCUUACCGUUUCAAAAACGCGGCAUUAACAUGUACAAGCCUGUGCCAGCACAGUGCUUUUUCAGCGAUGAUUUAUCAUGGUUAGCAUGUCUGACUAGAUUGCGACCAACAUCCCAUUUGCUGACCUGUCUGAAUGCCACACAGUGGGCCAGACAAUGGAGAGUCUAAGCUGAGGUAAUCUCGCAGUGUGACUGCAGAUGUAUUACAAAACACUGUAAUGGGCACAGUUGUGGGCUCAGUGCUAAAAUUAUUAUGGUCUAGCGGAUAUUUCAAGCCUUUUGUAUGAAUGUUGUAACAACUUUUUGAAAUAAAAAUCACAAACGCAUUUAUUAAAAUUUAGUUCUUUUCUUCUUCAUUCGCAAAUCAAUAUAAUAAUAUCAGAGUCUCAGACAAGGUGCUUGAAAAAAAGAGAACAAAUUUUAAGACAGGUUUUUAUGUAGCACCUUACAAGGUGCUGCGGCGCAUUUAGCAGCCACUACCAGAAACACAUGGCAAACCCUUCUCUGAGUGGCAAGUGUAACUGGGUUCUUUUACAUGUAUUAGAAAACUCACAAUACCUAGGCUUUCAACCCACUCUAAGGAUGAAGCAAAAUUGGUUUGUGUCUUAAAAACACAAGUGUCUAGACCGGGACUCGAAUAUCUGCUGCAUCAGAGACACUAGUGCUCAAGUCUGGUGCGCUCGUACACAACACUAUCGGCCACAACACAAUCGGCCACAAAUCACGAGGUGAAUUUUUUGAACACAUCGUUUUAUCUUCACAGCCCCCCUCCUUGGUGACCUCCUUCCUGACCUCCUUGGUUAAACUGGUAAAACUGGUAAAGAGAAAAGCCGUUUUGCAAAACCCUAACAGUUGGACGAAAAUGUAAAACAAAGCAGAGAUCGGACAUGUUACAUCCACACAUAAUAUGCCUUUGAAACGGGAAAAUUACCCUCAAAAUACCAAGAAAUGAUCUUGUACAACAAAAACUAAUUUUUUUUGAGUUGGGCUGAUUUGCCACGGAAGGGCCAAAAUAUUGACGCACGUAAAUAAACAGACACAUCAAAACCUGACGUCUUUACAUUUUAAGAACACAUUUAUUUAUUAUGGGCGAGAGGAUUAAUAAUGGCCAGUCACAUGAAUACUUAGCAUAUCCAACACACUUGUUACCUGUCUAGUCUAGAGUAAACCAACAACACUGUCAUAACCAGUAUUUAAAUUGUAUAUUCAUAAAACACAAAGACUAUUCUACCUUUUACAUCACUAUGUAUUUAAUGGUAUAACUACACAUUUUUUUUACUCCCGCUUUUUUAUAUUCAUUUUGCCUUUUUUUAAUAUUUUUUUUAUUUUAUAGUUUUAUAAUUUUGAGGGUUGUGUUUUACUUCUCUAUACAUUAUUAAUAUGUUUUUUUGUGUGUCUCCCCUGUUCAAGACAACAGUGGUGUGCACGAACAUUUUAUUGUUGGCAGUAUUUACAUUGUACACAGCAGAAUUGGGUAGCAAACUUAUUUGUUGAAUCCAAAGACAAUACUAUACACUUAUACAUUGAUUAAAAAACAAACAAAAUAAAAAAAUGGAAGAAAAAAAAGACAUAACAAAUUGAUUUACUUUUGUUUUUUUUACAACAUACAUGUAAAUCACGGCUAGCAUAAUUGUCACUUUUACUGGCUACAGUCUAAAAAACAACUGUACACAAAAUAUGCACUUUCGUUAUACUCAUUAACUUAUAUAACGUCAGCACAACAUCAAGAUGUUACUUUUAAGACCUAAAUAAUAUUUGAGGUAGUACAGGAAUUUCCAUUGUCAUUUUCCCGUUUGGGAUAGUGUCACUGCAUCUGUAUUAAAAAAUAAUCAAUUCAUCUUUGAUUCAUUCAUUUUAUUCGAGUAUCACACGUAAAAUUUUUGCGGAUAUUUUUUGUUAACUAUUAAUUUUUAUGAUGAAUGCAGUGAAACUAAACCCACAAGGAAAAAAACAAUGUACUUCAUAAUAAUAUGCAUUAUUCAUAAUAUGCAUUAAUCAUAUUAUGCAAAUAUUAUGUAAAUAGCAUUUACAAACACACAGACACCACAUGUCUGAUUUUUGUCACUGAUGGGUUUUCCCUAUCCCACAUCAUAUCAACACUAGGGGCUGAUUUUGCAAAGUGGCAAAUUUGAUCUAAAAAUGCAAGGCCCAAUU